AUGACUGUGCCCGACUAUCGACUCAUCAACAUGGCGAACUCGAAUUCCGAUAUGAUUAGCCUCCGCGCGCCUCUUGCCCGCGCGGCUACUAUCCUUGACCGCUCCCUCUUUUCUAAAAAGUUGGAACUCGCUGCCGCCACGGUCAAGGACCCCCGCAACAUCUCAAAGUACCGCAAGCAGCUGGAAAAGGGAAAUGAGCUUCUUAGACUUGACCGUCUAGAUUCAUGCAGAACUGAUCCCAAGUCAUCAAAUUUGAAAUGCCUUUUGUUGCGACCUGGCGUGAAAGCUGAUACACCGACGACAUGGGGUCCUGUCUUCCAGGAGGGUAUCAAGACUGGAGAGCUGGAUGUGGUUCCUUACGAGCUGCAGCUCGACUAUGACUACUGGAGCUACCGUGAGUGCGGUUUGUACCGAACAAAAAAUGUGACUUUGCUAACCCCUGACGAAGUUGAUGUGAUGACAUCCAUCUUGCCUGAGGAACUUCACGUAGAGAUCCCAGUCGGGUUCAAUACGGCUGGACAUGUUGCGCACCUCAACCUUAAGGAACAGUACCUUCCUUAUAAAAAGAUCAUCGCAGAGGUUAUCCUCGACAAGAACCCCAAAAUCACCACCGUUAUCAACAAGGUGGAUGAUGUCGGCGGCAACUCUGUGUUCAGAACCUUUGCCUACGAGGUUCUCUGUGGACCCGAGGAUAUGAACGUCGAAGUCAAGGAGAACGAUUGCGUCUUCCAAUUCGACUAUUCCAAGGUGUACUGGAACAGCAAGCUCGAGCCCGAACACACUAGGCUCAUCGGCAUGUUCAAACCGGGAGAAGUUGUCGCCGAUGUUAUGGCGGGUAUUGGACCGUUCGCCGUGCCGGCAGGAAGGAAGGGUGUUUUCGUCUUCGCCAACGACAUGAACCCCGAAAGCUACAAGUACUUGAACGCAGCUGUCCAGAAGAACAAGGUCCAGCAGUAUGUCCGUUCAUACAACAUGGACGGCCGCAAAUUCAUCCAGGAGGCCGUUCACCAAGUCUACGACGCUUCUAAGAAGGGAGAGGGCGCUGUCAUCAAGCCCAAGCAAUCGAGAAGCAAACCCCAGAACCCCCCUCCUCAGCCGAAGCACAUCCCAAUCCCUCCUACAAUCUCGCACUUCGUCAUGAACCUACCAGCUUCGGCUUACACCUUUGUGAACCACUACAAGGGCAUCUACAGCGGACACGAGGAGCUCUUCGAACCUCACACGUCUGCGAAGCUACCCAUGGUUCACGUCCACUGCUUCGCCCUCAAGAGCGACGACGAGGUACCCCUGAAUGACAUCCUAGAACGUAUAUACGCCGAGAUCGGCGUCAGGUUCAAGCUUGGAGACGCGGAUAAGCAAGGGGAAAUGACCAUUUACAACGUGCGGGACGUUGCUCCGAAGAAGCGCAUGUUUUGCGCGAGCUUCCGUAUUCCUCCUGAGGUCGCCUUCGCGAAGGAAAGCUGA